AAGUAGGGCCGGGUUAGCCCCUAACCCCAAUUUCUUCUGAACAACCACUUCACUGAGCACUUAACGGUCUCUCUCUCACUCUCGCCACCCCUCCCUCCACCUUUUCCCACCGUCUCACCCCGUCAUGCUGGACCCCGGAGGAAACCUCUGCCCUCAUCGACGCCUACCGCGAUAAGUGGUACUCCCUCGGCCGCACAAACCUCAAAGCCACCCACUGGCAAGAGGUCGCCGAUGUCGUCACUGCCUAGUGCCCCAACGCUUCCGCCACUGCCAAAAUCGCCGUCCAGUGCCGCCAUAAAAUGGAAAAACUCCGCAAACGGUACCGCACCGAAAUCCAAUGCCUCCGCUCCCUCCCUCUCCCUCGCCUCAUCAACAACUCCACCACCGCUUCACCCUCCUCCUGGGUUCACUUCAAAUCCAUGGAUUCCAUGGCAAAAGGCCCCAACAAACCCCACACCGACACCACCGCCGCCACCAACCCCAACACCCCCACCAACAACCUCAAUUUCCCCGACGACGACCCUUUUGAGAGGUUCACUGCUGUUGGGGCUCGCAUGCCUAAAGGAGUUCUUCUUGUUGGUCCUCCAGGAACUGGGAAGACCCUGUUGGUCAAGGCUAUUGGUGGUGAAGCUGGUGUUCCAUUUUUUUUCAAUAUCUAGUUCUGAGUUUGUUGAGAUGUUUGUUGAUGUUGGUGCUUCUCGAGUUCGUGAUUUGUUCAUGAAGGCCAAAGAGAACGCCCCUUGCAUUGUCUUUGUUGAUGAAAUUGAUGCUGUUGGAAGACAAAGAGGAACUGGAAUUGGUGGAGGGAAUGAUGAAAGAGAGCAGACCCUCAACCAACUUUUGACAGAAAUGGAUGGUUUUAAGGGUAAUACUGGUAUCAUUGUCAUUGCAGCAACUAACAGGGCAGACAUUCUUGACUCUGCCUUAUUAAGACCAGGAUGGUUUGAUAGACAGGUUACUGUUGAUGUUCCAGAUAUAAGGGGAAGGACCGAAAUUCUAAAGGUUCAUGGUAGCAAUAAAAAGUUUGAUGAUGAUGUUUCUCUUGAUGUGAUUGCCAUGAGAACGCCUGGUUUUAGUGGAGCUGAUCUUGCAAAUCUCUUGAAUGAGGCUGCCAUUUUACCUGGUUUGGCAAAACAGGUUAUUCUUCAAGUAUUUAUUAGAUAAUGGUGAAAAGUCCAAAGAUGGGGUAUUUGUUCCAAAGAAGGGAAGUAGGUAAAUAAAUGCUUUUGAUUGACCAAGUUUCUAUGAUCUUUAAUUAGGCAUCAAUAACUAGGGAAAAUACAUGUUAUUAAGGUAUAGCUUUAUUUAGGUUGUACUUAUAGCCAUAACGAAUUGAAUAUUGUAAUUUUGUUUUUAUGAUGCAUGUUUUUGUGACAUUUAAUGAUUUGAUCACAUGAUUAACAUUUGCGGGUGUUAUGGGGGGUUGUAUAAUUCUGGUAUUUCAGGAUGAGUUACAGUAUUUCUAACUCACCUAAUUUUGGCUUGUUCUGUUUCCAACUCACCUAAUUUUGGCUUGUUCUGUUUGCAUAGCAGAAGAACUUGUCUGGAUAAAUAACUCAAGAUUCUUGAUUCUUAUUCUAACAAAAGCUACUUCUCAAUCUAAUAAUAUAAAAAUUAGAAGUUGUCUGUGCAAACUGAGAAGUAUAUAAUAUAGAGACAUUUUUAAUGGCCUAAUUAAAUUCUGUGUAAUUUUGGUGAAUGUAUUUUUAAUUGUUUAAGGCAACUUGCCUAAGAAUAUCCCAGUCAAGUUAUAAUAAGUCAGUAUUCUUUCAUUGCAUCCCUUCAUGGACAUCUGAUGAAAAUUGGAAAUAAUAUUAUAGUAUUGUUAUAUGAUCAAUAAGGACAUUGAAAUCACCAAUGAAAUUUAUUCAGUCCAAGGAGUUGAAUAUGAUCGCCAGGUAGACUCUUUACUAAGUCGAAAAGUGUAAAUUUGUGUACUUGUGCUUUUAGAUUCUGAUCAAUUGUGACUCAUACAUUAUCUUAACAUGGUAUAGGAAAUAAUUUCUAGAGCUUAUUUCAAAUUAACCAACCUUCAGGAGCAGAAAUCAUGUAAAAACUUGAGGAUUAUGGCUGUCUUAACUUUCAAAUGAAACACUAUAUAUUCUAUACAAAAAGUAUAAUAGAGCUUUUAAAAAAAAAUCUUCUUACUGUGGUAUUUAUUGGCACAACCUUCAUUUAUGUUGUCUAUACGUAUAAUGAAUAUGUU